AUGGGGUCUCUGCUCCUCCUCUUGCUGCUGCUUUUGCUGUCGCCCUCCUACCCGCGAGGCGGGAGCGCGCGGAGGCGCUGGGGUGCGCGGACACAAGGCUCGGGAGGCCCCUCUCCCGCGCCCCCGGAGACCUCAGCACCCUUCUGGGUGCGCAUAAGCCCCGAGUUCAAGGCCGUGCCGCCAGGGGCCUCAGUGUGGCUCAACUGCAGCAGCAGCUGCCCCCAACCGGAGGGUUCCAGCCUCCGCACCGAGCUGCGGCGAGGCGACACGCUCAGUGGGCCCGGUUGGGUAUCCUAUCAGCUGCUGGAUGUGAGGGCCUGGAGCUCCGAUGUGCACUGCUUCGUCACCUGCGCGGGAGAAACGCGGGGGGCCACCGCCAGGAUUACCGCCUACAAACAGCCACGCAGCGUGAUCCUGGAGCCUCCGGUCUUAAUGGGCAGUGAGUACACUCUGCGCUGCCAUGUGACGCACGUGUUCCCCGUGGGCUUCCUGGUGGUGACUCUGAGGCGCGGUGGCCGCGUCAUCUACUCCGAGAGCCUCGAGCGCUUCACCGGCCGGGAUCUGGCCAACGUGACGCUGACUUACGCGUUACGCGCCAGGCCCAGUGACUUCGGGCAGCCCGUUACCUGCCACGCCCGCCUCAAUCUCGAUGGCCUGGUGGUCCUCAGUAGCUCGGCACCCGUGACGCUGCCGGUCCUCGCUUGGAGCCCUGCGUCCAAAGCCUUGGCCUCCACCUCCAUCGCAGCCCUUGUGGGGAUCCUUCUUGUAGUGGGGGCCCUCUGCCUGAGAAAGUACCUAUCGAUGAAGUCUCGGGCAUAG